GUAGGGCUAAUAUUGGCACAAAGGCGGUGCAUGAAGUACCCAUAUCGUCAAGCCUCUUGCUUCAGACGUAAAUGCUGGAUUGUUGUGACGGCUUGAAAAGAUGAAAGACAGCGUUGAACUCCAUGCACCAUGACUGCACUGUGACAAUACCAAGGACAAUCACGUACACGCGAAGUGAGCAGUGAGGGAAGCAGUGAACAACUUGUUGGGGGCAUGCCAAGGGCGGAUGGAUACUAGUGUGGCGUCUUCCAAAUCCAAGGUAGCUUCACGAAUGGGACGACCUGCAUGUAAGACCACUGUCCUUUCACGGAAGACUAGCUCACUCUUGGAAGGAAGACUCUAGCUGGACAGACAUGUUUAUACGUGGUUCACCUACAAUGUAGAAACUGUACGGUGAUUUAGAAUGAUUGAUAUGGAAUUACCUUUGUAACGUCGACGCUCACGAUGCCUGAGACAAGGGACGACGGAAAACAGGAAAGCGCGAAGCAGAAGAAUACAAAAAGCGUCCAGUUCAACCUGUCAGACAACACGACUAUCUUGUUGGAGCCCGAGCAUGAGCUGACAGGCGGAAAUACCGCUGUUAAUGGCAGUCCCUACGGAAACCACCUAAAUCACAAGAAACCGGAGGAGUCUAACAGCAUCAUGUCCGCAGAGAUCGAAAAGCUGAAUGAAGAGUUGAAGGCUUUACGUGACAAACUGGAGGAAGAGGUAGAAGAACUAAGACAAGAGGUGAACUACAAGAGGAAAACAUAUCUUGCCCAAUCCAAGGAGCUGGACGCUUUGGUAGAGCAAGAAAGGACGAAGAGAGAGGAAAACCUGCAAGAAAUAAAGUCGGAGAUUGAGUCCAAAAUAAAGGACAGGCGACAACGCUGUGACCAACUUGAUAAGGAUCUCACUGCGAGGGAAACAGACAUCGACGAAAGGACUAAGACAGUGGAGGAAAGAGAGAAAGAGUUACAUAAGAGAGAAAAGGAGAUAGAGAGAAGAGUAGAGCAGUGUGAGACUAACGACAGUCAAGUUUCCGACUGGGAGAAGGAAUUAGUGACAAGGAAAAAGACAUGCCAGGAUUUCCAACAAGAGCUUGACGACAUGGAGCGGUACUUGGACAAGCGACAGGAAAUGUGCAACAGCAAGGACGACGACUUGAAGAUGCUGGACGAGGAGUUGUCCAGGCUACGGGCGGAGCUACAGAAGAACAUAGAUUCGAUGGAAGAGGACGCAGUACAAGAGAACGCAGAGGUGAUCGGCAGACUGAGAAGCGACUGGGAAGCUCUGAAAGCAAAGAGACGCCAGGCUGUAAGCAACUUGGUACAACAGACAGCCAACAGGUUGAGCGCAACCUCGCCGUCCGCGGUUGUCGGUAACACGGCAGAGAAGACAGCGGAGGGAAACACCGUCCUGCAGGCCGUGGUCAGGAAGUUACAGCACGACCUGCAGGAGGCGGAGAACAGCAUGGAGAAAAAGGACCAGGAGAUCUGUCAACUGGGAAGAAAGGUGUUGUUUUUGGAGACAGAAGUUCAGAAGAGGGACCAGAAGGCGAAACAGCUGGAGGCUCAGCUGACCAUUUCACUGGGAGAGAUCAGGAGGAAGGAGUCAUCCGAGAGACAGGAGCCUUCGCACAGAAAACACCAGGAUAGAUCAGCCAACAGUACACAGGAGGGACACCGUGCUCGAUCAGGGACCUGGGGAGCGGAGUCCAGGGGAAGCAGGAGUUCCAGUCACAGAGAGGAGGGGCCGAGGUCUGACAAGUCCUCCAGCUCCAGUGGCAGCAGACACUCCAUCAUGAAGGAGUAUGACAUCAACAGUAGUAAGGCCUGCAGUAUCAUGUAGAGACAUCUGAGAGGAAUACUGUCAACGCUGCUACCAGUAGUGUGAAAGACGUAAAAAUUCGCGUAAAUUAUCGUCUUGCAACAAGACACUUUGUGACAAAAAUCCAAAGUCCACACUUAACUGCAACGUGUACUUUUGAGCGAACAUGGCAUGCAGCAGCAGUGGCAAGUGUCAGACAGAGACUCUGAUCUUGUAGAAUCAGCAGUUCUACUGUUAGAGAUCCCAAUCAGAGUCUCUGUCAUCAGAAUCUGAGAUCUGGAUGCUAAUGUGUUAGGGAAAAGGUAAAAAGUGAUCUCGAACCAGUUACGCUCAUUGAAGAGCUACUCUUCCACUGGUCGUGACAGAGAAGACAGACGCUAUGUACAGUAUUUAUUGGUUCAUUGUACUGAGGAAAUUCCCCUAGCUCUUUUCGACAAGCACAAUGAACAGAGGACCUGACGGCUUUACGUCCCGUCCGAAGGACUGCGACCCUUAACAGUAGCGUGCAUGUCGGGUGAGCGACAACAGCAGGGAUUCGAACUCCCAACCUCUUAGUCCAGAGGCAGGAUCGCUAACCACUGGAAUACUCAUGCUACUGGGUGGUUUACCAUUUACAAAAUGCUAAAUUGUAAGUAAAUCCAUUUACCCGAAGUUGAAAAAUUUUGUCUAUCUUUUAAGCAAAUAUCUUGAAAUUUACAGACCCCAGUCGGGAUAUCUGCAGGUAGAAUUGCAGACUCUACCAGAUCAGAGUCUACAACGACACAAAUAAAGUUACUGCAGAGACUAUGACAGGUUCUAUGAUGUAACAGAGUAUUAGCUAUGUAGGAGGGCAGCUGGUUCACUGCACUAUGACUUCUGAGUCUUUUGUGUAUUUUUUGCAGCAAAAAUCAAACUUUUUAAACUUUAUUUUAAACUUUCUUGACUUUAAAGUUUAAAGAGAGGUUUUAUUGAAACUACUAGUACAUGUAAAAGAAGGGGCAGCUAGAUGUACAUGUAGAUUGAUAUGAUGUAGCCACCGUCGUUCAGAUAAUUGUGGAACUGUAAGAGCUGUACAUAAAACAGUACAUUGGGUCUUUAGCUACUGAAAGUGUGGUAGUCUAGUAAUAGCCGAAGUCUGUCGAAUCCGACUUAACCAUUUUCCAACUCUGUCCCGAAUGCAAAUUUGCAGAACCAGUGGUCCAGUGGAUAUCAAAACGAGAAACACUUCAAUAUUUCGUUCAAAGCAUUCAGGACUGUGUAAAGUAAAGGUGUUUUGUGUUAAAACCAAAUGUAAUGCUGUCAUCUAUUAAAAUAAAAGAUUAA